AUGGGAAGAGGCCUCCAGCCAGGGCCCGAGGGUGGCAAAGAGGCUCCCCUGGCGGGGGCGGGUGGAGGAGGAAAGUCUCCUGCUCCCGCUCAAACCAGGGAAAAAGAAGCCAAAAAUUGCUACCUUAAGGCAAUGGCACAUCUGGCGGAGUCCAGAAAUAUUAAAACGGACAUAAAAACCGGGGUACAGACAGCCGUAAAACGGCUGUACCAACUAGUAAAGGAGGCCGAAGAGGAGUCACCGAAAAACCAAGACAAGCCAACACCAAAAGGGAAAAAAGAAAUACUAAGCGAUAAACUAGACAAACAGAUUGAAAAACUGGAAACGGAAAACAGAAAACUGGAGAAAUGUAGGAAAGAAAUGGAGGAUCUGGCAAUAAAGAAAAAUGAAAGCAUCCUGGCCGAGAUUAGGAAAGAGUUUGACGAGAAGGAAAAGAGAGAAAAAGAAAGAUAUAACAUUCUGGAAGCGAAAAUGAAGUCGUACGCAGAAGUGACAAGGGAAAAUCUCGGCCAGGACCAAAAUAGGAAAGGAGGCCCGGGACAUAAACCUACGCUGCACUCUGUCGUGGUGGAGCCGAAGAGUUCGACCGACACGGCAGAGGAUACAAUACAAAACAUCCGUCACCUACUAAAUGCGAAGGAGGAAGGAUGGCAAGUUCAAAAAAAUAAGGAGAGCCAGAGACGGAAAAGUUGUAGUGGGCUGCAGGACGGAGGAAGAGAGGAGUAA